UGUAAAUCGCCGCCGCACUCAAAGUCAACAUAAAGAAAGUGCGGUUCAUACACACCAGAGAGCACAGCGCGGUUCGUCCAGUAGCGGAAGGAAGAUUUCCAUUCUUUUGCCGAUUUAUCUCCAGCGAAAAAAACAGUAAAACCCGUCACAAUGCCAGAACCAACCAAGGACGAACUCCGCAAGGAAAUUGCCGCCAUCCUGAAGGAUGCCAACCUGGAGGAAACGGCCGCCAAGAAGGUGCGCCUGCAGCUGGAGGCCAACCUGAAGUGCGACCUGUCUGGCCGCAAGAAGGAAGUGGACGACCUCGUAAUGGAAUACGUCAACGCCCAGGACGAAUCCGGCGAGGAAGAGGAAGAGGACGAGGAGGAAGAAGAGGAAGCCCCCAAGAAGAAGCAAUCGAAAAAGAAGCAGGACAGCGAAGACGAGGAAGAGGAAGAGGACGAGGAAGACUCGGAAGACGAUAAGAAGAAGAAGGGCAAGCGUGGUGCGCCGGCCAAGCGCGGACCAGCCAAGAAGAAGAAGCGCGGAUCGGACAGCGAGGAAGAGUCCGAGGACGAUGCGGGUUCGGAUGACGACUACAAGCCGAACAAGGGCCCGAAGGGUGGCGCCAAGAAGGGCGGUCGCAAGAAGAAGGGCUCGGACUCCGACUCGGACGAGGACUGGAAACGAUCGAAGCCGGCCAAGGCCAAGAAGGCCCCCGGCGCAAAGAAGGGCAAGGGAACGGGCUUCACCCGGCCGUACAACCUCUCGCCGGAGUUGGCUGCGAUUUGCGGAGCCGAGGCACUGCCCAGACACGAGGUGGUCAAGAAGGUCUGGACCAUCAUCAAGGAGCGCAACCUGUACGAUCCGAAGAACAAGCAGUACGCCAUCUGCGACUCCGAACUGCAGAAGGUCAUCGGGGUGAAGCGGUUCCGCACGUUCGGUAUGCUCAAGUAUUUGAAACCGCAUUUCCUGGACUAAGGUGGUCGAGAGAGUUUGCAUUUUUCCUUACCUGCUUCUGAGUAAUUGUAAAAUUGGAGGACCUCUUCCAAUAGAACCUAAUAUUUGUGCAAAAGAAUCCACACGGGAUGGGAAUCCUGGGUUUUAAGUAAAGGACGUAAAAUAGGCGACAGAAGAUACUAUUCGGUAGGACGAAUCGAUCCUAUAUAAUAGCUACUUAGGCAGGGCGGAAUCCUACGGAUGUUGAAGUCAGUCCUAAUUCAAACUAUAUUUUAACACAUUUUCAAAUAACCAAUAUCAAUCAGAAAAAAAAACAAUUAAAACAAACAAACUAAACCGAAUAGAUGAGCCGCAAGGAUUGAAAAGUUUGAUAGACUAUAAAUUAGAGUACUAACUUUAAGUGUGAAAGUUUGAACGACCAGACGGAUCGAAGGCGCAACUAUUUCGUUUGACUGUGAAAUAUGUAGGAAAGCGUGUCAAUCGCUAAAUUCUAUGAGUAAUAAGAAUAAAGUAUCAACAAAACGGA